AUGGGCAUUAUAUGCAGUUCAUACGAAUCCACAUCAGUAGCCACAGCCAAAUUAAUACUUCACGAUGGAAGAUUACAAGAGUUUUCUUAUCCAAUUAAAGCUUCUUUCUUAUUACAAAACGACCCUACAAUCUUCAUUUGUAACUCCGACGAAAUGGAUUUUGGAAACGUCGUUUGCGCCGUAAAAGCCGAAGAAGAGCUUCAGCUUGGUCAGCUAUAUUUUGCCUUACCUUUGAGCCAACUAAAACAUAAGCUGAAAGCUGAAGAAAUGGCUGCAUUAGCUGUCAAGGCUAGCUCUGCAUUAAACCAUAGUAGUAGUAGUAGUGGUGAAAAAUUUAUAGUAUUUGAAAAAAGUGGUCCCAAUUUUUCAAAAAAAUAUGGUGGAUGA